AUGGCGCCACCAGAGCCGGCCGUUAAACGGUCAUUCUCGACCCUUUCUGAACAGCCGGCCGAGCCUGAUGCGAAACGAAUCAAGCGCCCCUACCAUCACCACCAUCGUUUACGUGAUCCUGUUGACUUGAGCCUACCGGAGCCUGCUAUCGCCGAUGACGCCUACGUCGACGGGGUUAUGAAUCGCAUUAUUGGGCAGUCCUUACAGAACUCUGGCUUUGAGAUCGCGGAUCCUCUCGCGGUUGAGAGUUUCCGCGAUGCGGCAGAGGAGUAUCUUUUCCGACUUGUAUCAUACGUGCGCACAUCGAUGCUCUCGAGCCGACGCCUCCAACCAAUUCCCCACGAUUUUGAAUAUGCUUUGAAGCGUCACUCGCUGCCUGUCGAUUCGCUUUUCCCACACCUAGAACCUCCCCCAAAGACUGAACCGAUCCCUACACAGCUACCGAGCCCUCCGCCUGAGGAAGAGGAUGAUUUCAAGAUCUUGCCUUCUCUCGAACCAGAGUUAAGUGGAGAAGAUGAUCGCGCCAGAAGUCCAUAUAUUCCGAAGCAUUUCCCCGAGUUCCCGAGCAAGCAUACCUAUCGCCACACACCAGUUUUCACCGAGCGAGAACGAGAUCCGCGCAAAAUCCGUGAGCGCGCGGCGGAUGAUGGGCGGCAUGGCGAGGAGGCUUUGCGUAAGCUAGCUCGAGCGGCAUUCAAAGACAACCAGCCAGGCUCUGGGGCCCGUGAUAAGAAGCAAUGGGGUAGAAAGCUAGAGAGCUUCGAGGGCAUGUUUGAGAAGACAGUCAAGAGUCUAUCCAAAAAGGCGCCGAAUAAUGCAGCUGCGGGCAGCUUUAAUGCGACGGAGGUCGAGUCUGCUGCGGAGACUGAAGCAAAGCCAGGUAGGACCAAGGGCUUAGCCGGCAUAGAACUGCCACCGAUUAUAAACUGUGAAAGGGGUCUCUGGCGGCGAAACGCGACGUCAUCAAGGCAAAGGCCGGAGGAGAAGUCGGCCAACGCGAAGCAGAAUCCAGAUCUAUCACGAGUUGAGAGCUGGGUAAGCGUGUGA